AUGCCCCCCACCAAUGUGGCAGACAUCAGGCAGGCGCGCGCCGCCGCGGAAGAGCUCAACACGACGUUGGAUGGCCACCUCUUUCUAGGAGGUGCGAAGCCAACGAAGGAGGACGUGGAUAAGUUCUACGAAAUGUUCGGCGAGAACAACAUCGCGUUUCAUCGCUGGAUUCGCAACAUGGCUUCCUUCACAGAGUCGGAACGCAAAUUGUGGGGCCCGCCGGAGACUCAGUAG